GCUGGAACGGCCAGUAAUUUAGAUUUAAAAAGAGAGAUGAGACGUUUUCCAAAAACUCCAUCGAGCGAUAACAAUCGUUCUACCUCUCCAACUUUGCUUUCAUCUAACGUGGUUGCCAAUGCGACUACCACUGCAUCAAAUCAUUCCGGCAGCGCAAAUAGCAACUCAAAUAAUACACCAAAUGCCACUUUUAGUGUCAGCAACAACGUCUCGGGCACAAGUACAUUUUCUUGGUCUUCUGUGGCGGCUGCAAACAGUAAUAACGCUACAUUAAACCGUUCUCUUCAGCAUGAAACAUCCGAGAAAUCUGAUGUACCUGGUUCUAAUGAUUCCGCCUUGAAUCCUUUCAAAUAUUCCAAGGAAUUCAUGAUUAAAUUAUAUAAGCCAGUAGGGUUGCCUUUGGAAUUUGAACGGCACGAAUAUAUUACAAGCGAAGAGCCGUUGCAACCAAUGGCAUUGAUAGUACCAACAGAACAGGAACAAAAGCUUUUAUCGGGUGCUUCUGUUAAUAGUGAUCUCACCCGUCGUAUCGCCUCCAAUAACCCAGGGGGUGUGAUUACAGGGGGUGAGCGUGUUGAAAGAGAUAGAGUACCGUAUUCUCCACGAAAUGAUAAACAUAUCAAUACGGGGCUUACUUCGCCCAGAGGAGAAAGAUUCGGUGGAAUUAUUGGUGGUGUACUCAAUAGUGGGCGAACGAGCCCACGAAGUAGUCGCCCACCUCGAACACCCGGAUCUUUAAAUCCUUCUACUGACGAUCCAAUUUGGAAUGGCGUAGUAACUAGAAAUGCAGUAGGAACUUUUGAUAGCAAUGGAGUGUUUCGAAUUCAAGGAAGUAGUGUAGAUGAAGAAUCUCCUGAUAAAUUAAAGAAAGAUGAUCCAGAACCUAAUAAAAAAAUCGAUCAAGAGCUUGAAAAGAAAAAUCAAACUGAUCGUUCGGACACAAGCGAUUAUACAAAAUCCCUUCAAAGCGAUAAUAUAACCUCCGGAAAGGAAUGUUCAGAAUCAAACAAUAAAUCUUUAAAUAAUGAUGAGGAUGCAACAAAGACGAAUUUAUCACCUGAAGGAUUGAAUUCGUCAUUACAAGAGAAACCACCAUUUCAACGUGUUGAUCAACAUAUGCAAGCAGAACCAAAACAAGAUAUGAUACAGGGAUGGCAAGGAUUGCAGGAGCCAAGUCAACAAGGAGAUGAUAGCAUAGAUCCUAAAGAUGAAUUUCACCCGCAAGAUGAACAAAAUGAGAAGCCACAAUUACAACAAAGGUGGCGCGAAGCCGAACAACUAUCACCGCAACAACAAAAUCAUCAAAAUUCAGUUAUUAAGCAAGAGAAGGAAAGUGAAACUUCAGUUGCGAUUGCAACAUCAGCAACAGCUAUUACUUCAACAGCAGCAGAUAAUGCAGGAUCAACAACACCGUCAACAGCACGCAAUGCAGCAACAGCAUCAUCAACAAUUACUAAUGCAACAUCAUUUUGA